UGUGAUGGGCUGAAGCAACCUGCCCUUCCUGGGGGCGGCUGCUCCAACAGAAUCUGUCUGCCUUAGGGUUGUAUCUUGCUGCCAGUCACCAUAGUGUCUGGGCACCUUCCACAUCACAUCAAUAGCUACGUCUCUGGCUCUUCAUGUGCCCCCGCUCCCCAAGAUACCAGAGGGAGCAAAAGAACCGGGAAUUAAGGCUUUCUCCUUUGUCUGAGACCUGAUUCUCCCUUCUGCCACAUGAAUGGGGCAAAAAAAUUGAAUCUGUGUUUACUCUAGGGAAAAACAGAACCAACUGUUUCAGGCCUAGCACUUACCGUUUUGUUUCAAGGAUUUUCACAAAAUUCAGUAUUAAUUGGACAAUAUUCACGCAGUUCCUUUUAAACUUAAUUCCUUAAGUGUGGAUGGGAGAGGUAUUUACUAAUUCUUCUGCACUUCAUAGCCCUAAGAGAACUCUGUGCCAGAUGCUUGCGAAUUAGAAACUGGCUGGUCAACUUUACGGGUAGUGUGACCUAGUGGGUAAGGCACUGGAUGAAGACCUAGGAAUCUAGAGUCUAUUCCUGGCUCUGCCACUGAUCUGCUCUGUGGCCUUGGGCAAGUCACUUCUGUGCCCGAGUUUCCCUUCCCUCUCCCUCCUUUGUCUACUCCCAUUUGUGAGCUCUUCAGGGCAGCAACUGUCUCAUGUCUGUGCAGCACCUGGCCUGAUAGGACCCUGAUCUUGGCUGUGGCCUCAAGGUGCUGCCGUAAUACAUGUAAUUGCCCUGAAGCUGCCUGAAAGGCAAAAAGUAAAUGGGGUAGAAUCAUAGAAUAUCAGGGUUGGAAGGGACCCCAGAAGGUCAUCUAGUCCAACCCCCUGCUCGAAGCAGGACCAAUUCCCAGUUAAAUAGCUGGGUAAUUAAAAUUGAGAUUUUUUGCAAAUCCUUCCAGUGUUUAAUAACUGGUGCUAAUUCCCUUAUUCCAAGUGCUGGAUGGAGAGGGCUGUUUAAAGCUCCACUGGUCCUAAUGCAAGAGAAGGAACAUACUUGUAGGGGCUAAUGCUGCCGACGGAUGGGAACCAAAACCGGGCUUCCAGCUCUGUUUUCUGGGAUCUAGUGAGAAGGCUGGGAAUGUCAUUUCAGUCGGACUUGACUUUUUGCAAGUGGCUGUGUGCGUAAGACUGAGUGUGACAAGUUUAUGGAGGGGAUGGUAUGACAAUUGCCUACAGUGGCACAUGGCCUACCCGCGACUGCUAUGAGCAAAUAUCUCCAGUGGCCAGUGAUGGGACCCUGGGUGGGGAGGGCUCUGAGUUACUACAGAGAAUUUGUUCCCAGGUGUCUGUCUGGUGCGUCUUGCCUGCUCAGGGUCUAACUGAUCGCCAUAUUUGGGGCAUGAAGGAAUUUUCCCCCAGGACAGAUUGGCAGAGAUCCUGGGGGAUUUUAGUCUUCCUCUGCAUCAUGGGACACGGGUCACUUGCUGGUUUGGAUGAACAUUCGGAAAUAUACAGCCUCCGUCCACACGAGAUACAAAGCGUGUAUCCCUCAAACGCUCUGCAGGGGUUAAAUAAUCCGUUAGGCAAAGGAGAAAAAUUACUUCUAGCUGUGAUGGGGAGGAGAGUUGGGGCAGAAAGGUUCAAGAAACCCCCUCUAGGCUUAGACCGGGCAGCAAGGAAGCCAGGAGGAGAUAAGUGGGGAAAGGUGAAGAGCAGAAAUCGAGGGGAGGCUGUUUCACACAGCAGUAGCUGCAGAGGAGAAGGCUCUUGUGCCAGCAGGGGCACAAUGGGACAGAGAAGAGACUGGUGUUAGAGACCUAGUGGGGUGGGGGGAGGCAGUAGGGAUCUUGUGUCCAUGUGCUGAAGAUGCAGAGGAGAGAGCGUGGCCCAGCCCCCCAUGUAAUAUGUGCCUUUGGCUUGGUAGAUAACUCCAUUGAGCAGCUCCGAAGUGACACCGAGCCCACAGAACCACCCUCCCAGAAGACAGUCAUGCCCUCGCUCUGGUCCCUACGGAUCUCUGCUCCCUCCUGCCCUCUGCGGGACUCGGAGGCUCUUGCCUUGCAAGCUGGCGGUGAAAAGCAGAAUGGCUCAGGGGGCUGUAGCAGCGAGGGGGUGUCGGAGGCCAGGGGGUCUCUGUCAGCCACCGGGAGCCAAGCAGCAGAUGACAAGUGGACAUCUAGUCCUGCUGAUUCCACGCAUCCCACCGCCUUCUCGGGAGAGGACUCUCCCAUCUCCCUCUCAAGUAAAGGCUCCAGCACCUCAAACGCCAGCUUCCCUACUGCCCUGACCUCUGGGGACAGCAGCUGCUACUCCCCCCGGGGCUAUUUCUAUUACCUCUCCACUUCAGAAGAGUGGUCCAACUCCUCUGUCUUCUGCAGCGGCUCAGGCUCUGCCGGCGAUUCCCUCCAAAGCCCUGUCCUCAUCAGCUGCUCUGACAGCGAGGAGGAGGAAGGGGGGCUGAGGGCCCGGAGGAGAGGUAUAGAGGGCACCAUGGGCACCGCACUGUGGUCUGGGGUGUCGGAAGCACAAGGAGUACAGAUUUCUGCUGCACUGGCAGCCCUGAGAUGCAGGAGUGUCCCAUGUGCUCUCCCACCCCUCCCUGCUUGCAAGGGGGCAGGGAUUUGUUUGGCUUGGAGUGGCAGCUACUGGUAAUCUCCACCAGCUGGCAACAUCUGCUCCUCCCGGCAAGGGCCUCAAUCCUUGGCAAUGCGUCUUACCUUUCAAUGUGGCAUGGGCCGUGGGAAGGUGCUCAGUGCCACUUCAGGCACCCCUGCA